CACACAAAUGAUAUAUUUUGUAUAUUAAAUUUAACACAUCGAAAAAACUUGUAUCCUUGGGAGGAUUCUUAAGACAUAAUUAGGAUGUCAGGGUAGCAUUAGCUGAUAUUUGGCAAAUGACCCAGUGGCCGUGUUCAGUGUACGAUGACGGCUAUUGUAGUACUUCUAUUGUUAUCCAUAACAGCUGCUGACUCGCAUUCUUCUUAUGGAGGCAGUUAUAAAUCUAGUUACUCAAAAUCAGGUUAUGGUUCUAAUCUAAGACAAAAGUGGAACUCUGGCUACAAAUCAAAUAAUGAUUAUCAUAAUUCUUUAAGUUCGAAAGUAAAAUCUGCCUAUAACUCAAAAGAAAAAUCUGUUUACAACUCAAAAGAAAAAUCUGCUUAUAACUUAAAAGGAGGAUAUAACUGGAAAUCAGCCAACUCUGGAGGAUAUAGAUAUAACUCAAGAUCUGGUUACAAUUCAAAAGAUACCUUGUCCAACUUUGCCAAAGGUCUGUCCAAACCGAGUUCUGACAAGGCAUUGAAAGAACUCUAUUUUUCAUCUGCGCCUGGACAUUGUAAGCCAAUUUGUCCAUGUUAUAUGAAUGGGAUAAGCUAUGAUCAUGGUGACCGUUGGCAGUCAAAGGAGGAUCCUUGUACAACUUACAGGUGUGGAAAUGGUUUCUACGAAGCUAUCGUACGAGGUGUUAUGUUUAAAGGACAGUGUAAAAAUGUUGGAACGAUAUGGACAGAGGGAUGUUUCACUUAUCAAGUAAGACUAAUAGGGAACAAUCCAAUGUAUAGACUGAAAGAAGGAGGUUGCAAAGACGAAGAAGGUAACUGCUGGAGGGUUGGUGAUCAGUUCAAGAAAAACUGUAACACAUAUGAAUGUCAGAUAGUAGGGACAUGUUAUACCAUAUCGCUUAUCUCUAAAGGCUGUGCAUUUGAUGGUGAAUGCAAAGCGGUUAAUAAAUUCUGGCAUGAUGGAUGUGCCAUUUAUCAGUGUAUGGAUCACAGUGGAAAGGCAGAAGAGGUACAUAACGAGAUUAUGUACUGGCCAGAGGGUGAUUAUGGACUACUAAAAUCAAAAACUGGUUGUCCAGUUGAUGUUGCUGAAGAAUGGUCAGAAGGACAUAGAGGACAUGUUGGAAGUUUGAAGAAUUAUGUUUCAUUUGAUUUUGAUGCCUUUGGAAUGUACAGUAGUUUUGUCUUUAUACAUUAUUUCUGUAUGAAGCGAGAAGUAAAUGAUUCUUCCAUCCGCCCUCGAUACCAGACAUAUUGGGAAACAGGCAAAUAUUGCAUCAUGAGAAAAAAUGGAACUUGUCCUAAAGGUUUUCAAGAGGGAUUCAUUACCAUGGAUGAUGUAGACAAGUUUGAACAUCUUAGUACCACCAACGGUUCACUGCCUGAUGGAAGUUACAAAAAAGACACUACAUUUUAUUUUUGUUGCCGAAAUGAUGGAGAUACUGAAGUUCCACUGGUAUUGCCAAAGGAAAGACCCUUUAUAUUGUUUAUGGGAAGUAAGGCGGAUGAUUGUCAACAAGUUAGAGGUAUGACGCACACCCUUGAAUAUUUUGCGUUUGAUGACGAUGACAGGAAUCCUAUGCCUAUAAUGAAUGGGUCCAUUCCAAUGACAAAGGACGGUGAUAAUAGCACAGAAAUAUACUUUUGUCAUUAUAAACCAAUGGAUUGUGGAUGUGACGACGGAGACGGAAACACCGUUCUCGUUGGUGACAAAAUAAAGAAAGGCUGUUCUUGGUUUACAUGUAAAGAGGAACAGGGUUUACGAGUAUUAACAGUGAUUUCAGGUGGUUGUAAGGAUGACAAAGGCAACUGUAGAAAUGAAAGUGAAGUAUGGAUGGCUUCAUAUGGUGAAACUUGUUAUUCAAAGAGAUGUUAUAAAAUCGACAACGGGGUUAAAAUAGAAUAUCAAAUAAAAACAGACUAUAGAGGCUGCAAAGACGAAGAUAUGUGUCGGCCACUCAAUUACCACAUUCAAAGAGGAUGCUAUAAUUCAGUAUGUACUGCCACUCCAGGUUCACAAGACAGUCGUUUCCGAAUGGUCAAAGCAGGCUGUAGUGAUGGUAAGGGGAAAUGUAUUCCUAUCGGUUCUGAGUUUACCAAAAAUUGUAUGACAUACAAGUGUUCAGCAGCAACUACGAAAUGCGGAAUGAAAUUCCUACGAGGUGCAUGCAAGUAUGAUGGAGAAUGUCAUGCAGUAAAUGCAGUAUGGCACCAUGCCGCCUGCCAUUGGUUAAAAUGUACCAUGACAAGGAAAGCAAAUUCUAUAUCAUUCAACAUUGAUUCAGUUGAGCAAGAAUGCAAUUACAAAGGCAAAUGCUAUAAAGCUGGUGACAAAGUGAAAGAAGGAUGCUCCUCAAAACAAUGUGUUAUUGACAAAGACAAGAAGGUCGCUUAUAUGAGCACCGUAGCUGGAGCAUGUGUAUACAAUGGAAAAUGUUAUAACGCUGGAGACAAAGUAACAGAAGGAUGUUACACUAAACAGUGUUUCUACGAUGAAGAAAAGAGGGCUACUUACAUGAAUAUCGUAGAUGGAGGUUGCAAGUUUAAUGGAAAAUGCAUUGGUGUUAACAUGACAUGGAACAGUGGAUGUACAGAGUACACGUGUCGCUGGUACAAGAAUGGUCUCAGACAUGUCUUCAAGCAGGAAGUAAAACAACAAAAAUGUAGUUUUAAAAACGAGUGUGUUGAGGAAGGUGCUCGGAGAAAACAUGGUUGUGUUGAUUAUGAGUGUAGUAUUAAAACAACCGACAAAGCGCAGUACGCUUCAAUGAACCCAGUUUCUUAUGCCUGUAAAGAUAAAAGUGGCAAUUGCCUUGCCGCCAAUGAGGAAAUAGAAGAGGAUUGUUCACUCUAUAGAUGUGAAAGCCAGGCAAACAGCACAUUCCCACAGCUGGAAAGAGUUGGUGGAGGAUGUAAAGUCAAUGGUGUUUGUAAAGAUGAGAACUCAGUCUGGACUGACGAAAGUUCUUGCGUUGAUUAUAAGUGUGAACGAGAGAAGAGAAGUGGUAACACAAUAUACAUGGUACAAAGACCUGUGAAAGUUGGUUGCCGCCAUGAUGGUAUAUGCCGUUACAAUGGUGAGAAGUGGCCAUUAGCCAGCAGACCAUGUUUUCAAGUAGAAUGUACUGUAACCAAAACGCCCGGCAGCUCAUAUGGUUUUAAACGAUUACUGAGUACAUCACCAAGUGGAUGUGUCGUAAAAGGAAUAUGUCGUGAAUAUGGAUACACAAACUAUGUUGGAUGUAUUCAAUAUAAAUGUCAGUGGGAUGAAUUGAGACGAAUGGCAACAUACAGAUAUGCCAAAGGAGGUUGUAAAGAAUACACAACUUCAAACUGCCAUGACGUUGGUGCAGAAUGGACUGAAACUUAUGGAAAAGCAACAUGUUUAAAGAUGAAAUGUAAAAAAUCAGGCAACUCAUUCACGUAUGAUGUGGGCUAUUUGUGCCAAGACGCUGAUGGAUAUUGUGUAAACCCUGGACAAAAAUUUGAAGCUUUAGGAUAUAAUGGACAGAGGCGUAAAAAUUGUUACUGUAAACAAACGGGAUAUCAUGUUACAACCGUUUGUACAGCAAGUCAUAAUUAUUAAUAUGAUUAUAAAACAAUAUUCAUAUGAGAGUUAAAUAAAGGAGGGUAAAACAAA